ACUUCAUGUGACAAUAUUUAUACUUCCCUGAUUUGUUUUUUGUUGUCUUUUUUUUUUUAAAUAAUUUGAAGAUUCACUGUAAAAAUAAUGAUUCUACACACAAGAAAAUUUCUUGACAAUCACAUAUUAGUGUUCUUAAUGAUGCUGCAAAUAAUAUUAAGUCAAAUGUCUAUGAGUGCGGGAUUUACUGUACCUCAAAGUAUUGCUAAAGGAAAAUCAGAUAUUUCAGUGGAAACUUUUCAAAAUUAUUUACAACAAGAUGUAGAUACUACCAACAGGAAGCUUUGUAUAAUGGAAAUGGUAUUUGGAAACUCAAAAAGCCCUAAUCUACAAUGUGAUGACUUAUCAUCAAUUUCAAUAAGCGAGAUUAUCAAAGAUGCUUAUCAUUAUAGUAAUGGUGAAAUGGGAAAUUUUGAUAAAAUUCUAAAAUUUAUUGAAAAACAACAGACAAAAGAUAUUAAAGAAUUGGCUUACAAUGUUUUAUACCAAGAAGUGUUGGACCACUAUAUGUUGGAAAACUUAGAGACAACACAAAUGAAUGUAUGUCUUUUGGAAAUAAUACUCGGAAAAAAGCAAGAAGCUAUUGGUCAUUUUAAAGAUUUGGAACCAAGCUCAGUAUCUCAAGUAAUAGAAUACGCUGAUAAUUUUCAAAAUGGUACUCACUUAACAAAAUUUAUGAAAUUUAUUGUAAAGAAGCCAGAAAUAUCUAGUAUAGAACAUAAUAUAAUAAUUACUGCCAUGAAAUUGGUUUUCAACAAAAAUAUGGGUCAUAGUACAUUAAUUUUCGGUGGAAUAAAACUGAUAGAAGUAGGAUUAAAAUUGCAUUCUACAAAUAUUGAAUCAAAUUAUUUCAACAAGCUGGAAGAAUUAUGGGGGGAUAUAAUUGUUUCCUACUGUGAGUUGGCUAAUUAUAAACGUGUGAGAUUUACUAAGCUGAAAGAUUUGCCUUCACAUUUACAUCAAAUGGAAGGUAAAUUUGAAAAAAUGGAGAACUAUUUUCUAGAUAUUUUAAUUCCUUCUGUAAGAAGAGUUUUAAAUAAAGAAGGUGUAGAAAGCAAAUUAGAUAUGAUUCUUAAAUGUGUGCCAAAAUUAAUUCCGUUUAUUGAACCAGGUGCCAUAAUAUAUUCGACUGUAUUUGACGAAGUCACUAAGCAAAAUCUGUCAAAUACUAACAAUUUCAUAACAAAAUUUGCAUAUUAUAUUAAAAACUACAUGGAACUGCCAAAUUAUUCUAAUAUUGAAGAAAAAUAUAAGGAGGUAUUUGAAAAUUUAAAAAGAAACAUACCUGACUGGGCACAAGAAUUAAUUUGGAAUGGUGAUAGUUGUAAGUUGAAGAAUCGUAAAUGGGAUCAAUAUUUAUCCACAUGUGGUAAAUUUGGUUGUAAUACAACGAGCGUAGAUAGCCACAUGGUAUUUUCGUCACAAGAUACAUUACAAGAAUCAACCGAAGUAAGUCAAUGGAAAUUUGAAACCAAUAACCAGGGUACAUCCUUUACUAUAAAAAAUGUUGAUUCAGAUGAAUUUUUAUAUUCAAGUUCAAAUAAUACUGGUGAAAAAAGUCGUCUAGUUUUAACUUCCAGAAUUCCAAACAAUGAAUCACUAUGGAAUAUAACAGCAUCUAGUGAUGGAAGUUAUAUUAAAUUACAAAAUACACAUAACAAGGAAUAUUUAUCUGUUGGCGGUCCUUACGGAAAUGAUCAAAUAAAACGUAAAGUUCUAAUACAGAGUUUAGAGUCACCAACACAGAAAGUAGUUCGAGAAAGUGAAUGGGAAUUAAUUUGUUGAAUAUAUUUUAGAAUAUUAAUUUAAUUAUU